AUUCAUUUGGGAAGGUGUUUGUACUUCAGAAGGGCGCACUUCGCCCAUCCACAGAUAAGCGUCGCUAAACGGUGAACAUAUUGAUGUAGACACAGCAAUGUAACACUAUGCUGGAUUACUGGGCUCUACAUAAACAAAGAUUCCCUAAAUCUACAGGACGCUGCAGUACAACUUACACGCAACUCUUCAUUAGCUACAGCAAUACCUUCAUAAUUAGCAAUUUGUCACUCACUAGUAUAGUACAAUUCCACAUCCAUCUCUCCCCAUAGAUUUUCCACCAUUCGGUGUCACAACAAUCAGCGCCAUCAUGGACCCCGUAUUAGUCACUCCACGCCUGAAACUCACGCUCCUAUCGACGUUGGAGCCGGGUAGUCCUGAGUUGGCUUUGGCGCAUGAACUACGAAGCGAUCCUCAAUCUACAUUCUGGAGUCCAUACGGAACCGCAAAGACAAUCGAAGACACCAAAAAAGUGUUCGAGGGCGUUCUCAACAAGAAACACACCAUCAACUACCUAAUCCACAGAUUUGUCAACCCCAGCUCCAGCAAUGAUGCGGACCAAGAGCAGCGGGAAACCGAAUUCAUCGGACACGUGACGAUCUGGCCCCUCGGCGCUGGAAGUCUCCCCUUGCCAGAAAACUUGAGCGCGCCAGCCGCCGAGUCAGAAACUACUUUGUCAAUGGAGGUGGGGUACAUGUUUCUCCCCAAGGCAUGGGGAAAGGGGUACGCGACGGAGUCGCUGAACGCCGUGUUUGGGCUUUGUAAGAGGGAAAGGGGGUUCUGGGCGCCGUAUGAGAAGGUGUAUGUCAGAGCGCUGGUCAAUGAUGAGAAUGCGGCGAGCAUGCGGGUCAUGGAGAAGGUUGGGUUCGAGAAGAGAGGGGUGCAUCAUUGGACUGGGGACAAAGUCUUUCUUGCAGGGAAAUGGAUUACGGAGUGUGGUAUCGCGAUCUAUGGUACGUACUUGGUCCAGGACUGAGAGGGCCGCUUUGUUGUCGCAGCAAACUGCUAUACCGAAAGAUAUCCAGCACUAGGCAAGACGACUUCGGCAGAUAAUGGGAGGCACUGAGCCGCAGACACAUUGUGUCAGGCUUAUUGUGAAGCAUGUCAGAUCUUUUACAAUUGACAU